GGGAGUUCGCGAGACGUGAGGAUCUGUGCGGAGCGACACAUCUCAAAGCCAAGUCCAACUCAUACACUAACCCUAAAUCCUACACGAAACCUUAACCUGGAGUCCUUAUCCCAGAUCCUACACUAACCCUUGACCCCAACCUUUACACAAAGCGCCAAACGGACUAACAGCCACUCGAUCCCUAACCUCAAUCCCGUGCGCUGGAAUCGGUCGAUGAUAAUAACGGGUUAGCGUGCUGGAGUUAGUGCUAAAGUCAUCGUGGUUUAGAUUGAUGCUGGAGUUCGUGCUGAAGUUAUUGUGGUUUAGAUUGAUCCUGAAGUCGUGGUUUAGAUUGAUGCUGGAGUUAGUGUGGUUUAGCUUGAUGCUGGAGUCAGUUCUGAAGUCAUCGUGGUUUAGAUUGAUGCUGGAGUCAGUUCUGAAGUCAUCGUGGUUUAGAUUAACGCUGGAGUUAUGUUUGAUCAAUUAUCAAUCGUAAAAUGUGUUGUUGCUUAGAGUUGUGUUGUGUUUAGCCAAUAUACACACGUGUGUGUCCACGCACACAACGUACCCGAUCGAUUCUAUAUACUGUGUCAUUCGGCUUGUCUAAUGCGUGUGUUAAUACACACAAGUGUACACGUGUGUUAGGGCUCACGUGUGUGCUAGUCUUCAUGUGUUUUAGUGUACACGUAUGUGUUAGUGUUUACGUGUUUAGGUUCAUGUAUGUUACGGUUCACGUGUGUGUUAGGCUUCACGCAUUCGCGCUCACGCUCAACAGUCGCGGGAACGCAAAUCAACAGAUAAAUCACAGCAUUAUAGCAUUAAUACACAAAUACCAUCAACAGAGCACAACACCGCGACAACUACAUAACAGCAACCACCAUAGCAACAAUAUUAUAUUAUACAACCCGACAUCAUAGCGACACAACCUCAAUAGCAGUAACACAAUAGAACAAAACAUCACUGUAUACAGGAACUCGCCGACACAAGGACGAAAAUCAUUACAACUGUGAACAAACAUGUACACACAACACAAAUGGUGACAGUGCCACAUUGACGGGGCGCACACAAAGCAAGACAACAAGACCUUCAUUAAACAACAGAGGCCCCGUGUAGCCUCAACAGACUGUUGGGCCAACGGAUGUUAUAGCGAGCGCCAAAGAAUGACAAUUCGGCGCACAAGGGGGUGGGUGAGUGGGUGGCCAGCACCACGCCUGGUCGCAUUUGCAUCCCCAGUGCUCGUGUCCACACACCGCAUGGGGCACUCAUUUUAGGUGGAGUCGACCUUGGGGAUGAUGCUCAGCAGCGGUUCAGAAAUUCGUCACCGAUGUUGGUUGUGAGCGGGAAUCGAAGUCCGGUCGCCGGUUUCGUAGCUCUAUUCGGUACCCGCUGCACCACCGCUGCCCAUUCAAAUAAACGAAACACCACCACCAAACGACUUGUACACAAACAGAGAACAACAACAUGGGCACAAUGCACCAGACGCAGGGACACAACUGCGUGUUCGCGGUUGUGGUUAACAGCUCUCCGAUGCGUUUUCGAGUUCGUGAUUGUAUGCACACGCAUGCUGUUGUGUGUGUGUUCACGUGUGUUAGUGAACACGUGUGCGUAAAAAAACCCGCUCACAGCACUUGCCCCAAUAGUAUCUUAAGGCUGUAAAGGGGAUCUUUGUUCUCACCCGAAAACACUUUUAAUAGCUAAACGGCAGCAGUAGGCACAAUGCAAUACAACGCAACGUUAAUACAACCUUGAGAAGUUAACGCAACACAAUUAAUCCACACAUCGACAAGGCUGGUAUCUGGAACCGCACGGGUCCUUCCUCAGCCCCGGGUCUUGGGCGCCGUGAGGCCGCACGUGUAUCCCACACUCACACCUCGUACAGAGCUAUAGACGAUCGCAACUGCGCGAUUUCCCUUCUGAUGAUGUUCUAGAAGGGCUAGUGAACUCAAAUGCGUCACAAGUGUACUAUGCAUGCGUCUGCACGUUUUUGUGUUCACGUUAAGCAAUGUACGUUCCAUCGCGUGUGAACGGGCUCAGUGCAAAUGAACGCCGUCACCAUCGCAGAGUCUGCGUUUCACGAACGCGCUACCCACGCUCGCGAACGGAUGAUAGAAACCCCCCGCGGUGUCCUCGAAGGGCGAGAGAGAGAAAGGACGAGAGAGAAAAAGAGAUGGCGAGAGAGAUGGCGAGAGAGAGAUGGCGAGGCGGCGUUUCUCGCGCCGCAAGGAGCCGAGUCUCGGCACCGCCACGCGACCGCGAGAAGCGCGGCGCUCCGGCGCGGAGCCCCAGAGCCGAGGGCGCGGGGCCCGAGUUGAGGCCCCGGGCUCAGGGCGGCUGCAGCGACAUUGGUGAACCGAGUAAUUCGGUGAACCGAGUAAUUCGCCUCCCGUGGAGUGUGACGCUGAAGCCGCGAGAAAGCGGGCAAUGCGCAAGUUAUUGGUACUUGCGCAUGACAGGGUGGCAGCGUCGCCUGCUGUUGCAGCUGGCAACGCGCGUCGCCUGAAUGGAGUUGAAUCCACCCGGGCACCAACCGUGGAGUGAAGCGCACCUCUGUGACGUCACUGCGCACCUGCAUGAGCAAUCAGAGUGCAAGCGCAGCGGAAGAUCCGUGCCGCGGCCACAAUUGUUAUCAAUGAAUUGAUUGGUAAAUUAAUUGGUUAUUGAAUUUGAAUGGGGAGGGGGUGAUGAUAAACCAGAGUCUGAGUUAAAUUCCGGGUGCGUGAGCAGCCAGGCGCUCCGCGUAGAACGACUCGGCGAGCGGGAGUCGGCGAGACGCAAGGUCGCCAUGUCCGGCUCCCUCAGGUUCGGGGUCCCCGCAGAGGGGGGUCCGGGGACCAAGGGGGCACGGAUUCGAACGGGACUGGGACAGGUGAGGCGACGGGGACGCGUCACGCCCGGCCGCCUUUGUCUCCCCAGUGCUGAUGUUUACACACCGCACCAGGCUCCCCGCUCGGGCCACGUGCCCCCCCACGAGGAGGCGGGGUCGCGCUCCCCCCCUCCCUCGUCCACCUCGUCCACCUCGUCCGCACGCUCCCCGGCGGGGCCCUCGCAGCAGGGCCCCCCCGCGGGACCGGUGAGAGCCCCCAGCGCGGAGGGAGGGGGGCCCUCCUCGCCAGGGCCCUCCGGACCCCCCCAGGGUGGCCCCGUGAAGGUCCCCCCCGUGUGCGCGCGGUGCGGACACGAGAUCCUCGACAGAUUCCUACUCAAGGUGAGUGAGCAGUGCUGGCACGUGCGGUGCCUCGCGUGCUCCGUGUGCCACAGCCCCCUGAGCCGCCACAGCAGCUGCUUCUACCGCGACAGAGACGUCUUCUGUAAACUUGACUACCUCAGGCGCUUCGGGCGCAAGUGCUCGCGUUGCGGACGCCACGUGCAGGCGAGCGACUGGGUGCGGCGUGCCCGGGGCCUCGUGUUCCACCUCGCGUGCUUCGCGUGCGCAGCCUGCAAGCGCCAGCUCGCCACGGGCGAGGAGUUCGGCCUGGCCGACGGCGGCCGCCUCUUGUGCAGGGCGCACUACCGCGCCUUCCUGCAGCAGCAGCAGGGGCAUCAGGGUGCAGCGCCUGGCCAAGGGCAAGGAACCGUGGCCACUUCGACCGCGGCGCCCGCCGGCCUCCUCCUCCAACACGGCGCCGUGGGGGGGCCCGAGGGGGGGGCCCUCCCCGCAGGGGGCGAGGGGGAGGGGGCGCAGGGGAAGCCGGCGAAGCGAGCGCGGACCUCCUUCACGGCAGAGCAGCUGCAGGUGAUGCAGGCGCAGUUCGCCCAGGACAACAACCCCGACGCGCAGACCCUGCAGAAGCUGGCCGACCUCACAGGGCUCAGCCGCAGGGUCAUCCAGGUGUGGUUCCAGAACUGCCGUGCGCGACACAAGAAGCACGUGUCGCCUCCUCCACACGCGCAGGGGGCGGGGGGGCCAGGGGCCCCGGGGGGGCGGCACCCCCAUCCACACCACGUGGCCGUGGAGCUAUCCUACCCCGCCUACAGACACCACUACAGCCCCUCCCCUCCGAUGCUGCCCCCGCACUGCUCCAUGCCGCACCUGCACUUCACGCACCUGUAGGGGGCGAGGGGGAGGGUGGAGGUGGGGGGCGAGGGGCGGGGGGGGGAGAUCCCCCCCCCCCCUCCUGCAGGACGGACCCUGCGGAUCGGGAGCCACGACCUCGACGACCCCGGGCCCCUUUGAGCCGCGGUGUGGCGCUCCGGGAGGUCGCGGUGUGGCGCGCGUGGUUACACGGAGAGGACAUCGCAAGCCGCACUGCGGAGCCCACACUCUACCCCCACUCCCCCUCUCUUGCACCCCCACGGCCCCUCAAUAAAUGUGUGUAUAUUUGUACCCCCCAA